UGGAGUAUUUGAGUCAGUCCACUGCUAGGCCACGGUGCGCGUCACUCGCAUCGCGCUCCGUUAUACAUCGCUUGCGUCGACCGUCCGACAUCCGAAGUCGAAUUUGCGCCCGCCCGCCCAGACUGCGCUAAUUUUGUAAUUUUAAAAAGAUACUGCAAUAAUAUUCACAAUUAUUGUUUAAAUUUUUGCCAAGUUGAACAAUUGUGUUUCACAACAAACGGACAAGUUAAUAAGAAGUGCAUAGUAAACUUUUAAAUACUUUCUCAAGUGUUUUGACAAGGAUGUUAAUUUUAUAAGGAGAUUUUUGGAUUUCAAGACGGCUGUGGAGAAUUUACUUCGCCCUGAAAUAGAAAAAUGGCCCGGAGUACCGAUGGGUCGGGCCUCGAUGGAGGCUGCGAAGACGACGUCUCGCGGCUGACUCCAGGCCUGCAUCCAGAAACCACCUUCGACAUGAACGAUCUGCCGUCGAACACCUAUACGUUGGACACUCGCAGAAUGCAAUUAUAUUCGCAUCCACACGUACAUCCCACGGAGCUGUCAAUACACGCUGUAUCAACACAUGAGCUACUGAAGCCCAAAGAUGAACCCUCAUAUUCACUGGCUGCUUCAACAAACCUUUGCUCGGUCAGCUUACAUCACACAGGUGCUUCACCGUACGACAGUAGAAUAUGCCUUCAAGAAAGCAACUCGGAUGCAGCAAGUUCUCAAAGUGUCAAGGGAGAAGAAGAACUAUCACGAGUUUACCAAACGCUGUCUUUGCCAACUUUACCGAGAGAGGACAAUAAUUCUAAUAACAGCACGACUGAAACAAAGAGUAAAUCUAAGUCAACAACUCCAGCUAGCCCAGGGAAUUCUGAAAUGAAGCCGCAGUCUACCACGCCGACGUCUCAAGCUCUUACUAAGCCUCCCUAUUCCUACGUAGCUCUCAUCACGAUGGCAAUCCAAAAUAGCCAAACGAAACGUGCAACGCUGAGUGAAAUAUACGCUUACAUCACCAAGGAAUUUCCAUUUUUUGAAAAGAAUAAAAAGGGCUGGCAAAAUUCGAUUCGGCAUAAUUUAAGUUUAAAUGAAUGCUUUAUAAAAGUUCCGAGAGAAGGUGGUGGUGAACGUAAGGGAAAUUAUUGGACUCUUGAUCCUCAAUGCGGUGAGAUGUUCGAAAAUGGUAACUUCAGACGCCGACGACGGAUGAAGAGGCCGUUCCGAGCCACUCCUUACUCCAAGACACUGUUUGGAGACGGCUACCCCGUGGCACACGUUGGUCAACACGUACCACCUCACAUGCAGCCUCUUCCACUUGGGGCUAGGAAUUACUUUGGAUCCGGUUCACCAUACCAUCCGCCUUCUUACCCGAGAUAUGACACUACAUGGUUGACGCAGUCACCGAGCGGGCUAGGGUACGCAGGCGCGUGCGGAAGUAUGGGACGUAGUCCACCCGGGUGUUCGCCACACAGCGCGUUACCCCACCAGUCGUCGCCUGUCGCCGUCAAUCCCUUUGCAACGCAUCAAAUUCAAGGACAGCUCCAGAGCCCUUUGCAACCCAUGCAAUCGAUGUCCAUGAAUUCCUAUAAUGCCAUUGGAGUCAGUGCCAUAGAUGGUUCUCCGAGUCCAGGGCCAGGUUAUGCCCCAUCUGCUGGUGGCUUUUCACCCAAUAGACAUCAUGACAUAGUGACGUCAUCAGAUGCAGCUGUUACUCGAUUUCCAUUUUGGCCUGAAGAUCUUCGUAUGACAGCCGGGUCCGAUGGCUUUAUGAGCUCGCCGAGCCACGGGAUGAAACAUCGCCAACUUCCAGAAUCUAUUCCCGGUGGAUCUCCCAGUCCCAACCCAAGCUAUGUGCCAUCUAGCAGUUUUUCUCCGACGCGCCGACAUGAAGCAGUCACUUCAUCCGAUGCAACGAGUGCUCGUUUCUCUUUUUGGCCCGAUGUUGGCGUAAAAGAAGAAGCAUCGUCAAGUCUCGUUUCUAAUGCCGCACCUUAUUCAAAAUGUUUUAUGUAAGUUGCUGAAGUGAAGGGGAAUCACAAGACUAGAAUAUCUUAAGCACCAUGCGUGAAUUAUUAUGGAAUUAUUGACUGUAAUGUAAAUCUCGUGUAGUGAUCAGUGUAUAAAAUUUAUUAUAUGUAAACAUGCAUUUUAAUUUGUCAAUCAUAAUGUCAUGCAGUUAAAACGAAUAUUUUAGAAUAAUUUCUUUAUGCACAUGA